AAGGCAACCUCCGAAGGGCCUGCCUCAAGGCCUGGCGCACAACUGGCAGAGGAGCCAAUGCAGAAACUCACCCAUGAUGACUGCGAAGCCCGAAAAAGAUAUCUUCGAAAGGGUCAGCAGUUUCAACAAAUGCCUCCGCGAGCAAGUGAGUGCCAUGGUCGGGGAGGCUCAAGCGGAGGAGCUUCCCGAGGAAGACGGUAGAACCUUCGACGAGCCCGUCACGGCUGCGGCUGCUGCUUUGGACCGCAUGGCUCUACUCAACAACACGGAGUACAAAGAGGUUUUGAGAGCGACAAUUGAGAUGCUAUUAAGGGUCAAGGAUCAAUCAGAAGAACACGGCAGACCUAUUGUUCCCAAUGACGAAACUUGCCGGGACUAG